UCUCUCUAUAAAACAAACCAAUCCUUAAACGCACUUUCUCUCCCUCCCACAGCUAAACAUCACGCCCCACAUAAUCAAGCACUCAUGCCGCUGCGCUUCAUAUCCUCCGACUCCGACUCGGAAGAAAAAGCAGCGGCCGCCACCACCACCCGGCUCUUUGGCAGCCACCGCCCUCUCCACGAGCUCUUCGGCGGACGAAAAGUUGCUGACGUUGUGCUAUGGAGAAAGAAACGCUUAUCAGCGGCUAUCAUGGCUGGAUUCUCGGUGCUUUGGUUUCUAUUAGAGGUUGUGGAAUACCACUUCCUUACCCUGCUCUGCCACAUCUCCAUUACAGGAAUGCUUCUGCUCUUCAUUUGGUCCAGCAGCGCUGCUCUUUUUGACAAAUACUUGGCUUCAAGGAAAUACGUGCGCUUUUUUAUGAUCCGGCCCGGUAACACAGGAGAACACUUCUCCUGUGUUAUUCUGCGUUAUUCAG